AUGGCCGACCGUUAUGGUCGAGGUCGGGGUCUCAGAAUCAUAUCUAAAAUUAAAGACAGAUGCAUAAUGUCCAAGGGCGAUGUGAAGGUUGUGAUUAUUGUGUCGAUCAGUCACAGCAAGCCCGCUCUCAGGCUUGAGACUGUUCUUUUAGACCAUAUGGUUAGGUCUUUACGAAGCCAACGACCCCGUUACGUCCCAAUCAUACGACAGUCCAUUACCGUAUCCCGCCAACUGCAAUCCGGCACAUGGAUUACUGUUAGCCCAGCAGUGGCUUUGGCUAUCGAGUUUAAGGACUUACUUUGUCGCCAGCCGGUUUCCCCCUUCCCCCCCGAGCAUAACAUUAAAAUCUCACCUGAUCGGUUGCCACAGAUCUCAAGCAACGUUUGGAAGGAGCAACUUCUAUAA